UAUGCGGUGUUAGCUGGUUUAGGGGUGUUUGUACUUAUACAUCGAGAAUGAAGAAGAUGGAUACCCAGCAGAGAGAAAGCUUAUAAAAAGGACUUCAAAGGGACAAAUAGCUACCAAGAUAACUUUGUGUUCAGGAAUUGGCAACACACAAAAAAUUAAUUAUAAUUUUAAUAUAUAUCUUGAACUUAUGGAACUGUGGUGUUGGAGGAAAGUAACUUAUAUUUUAUAAAAUUACCCUAUAUACAGGUACUUACUCAAAUUAAUGUGGGGAAAUAAAUUUGGAUAAAAUUGAGAUCAUCAUCGAGGAAAGUUUGUUGGGUCAGGGAGCAGAAAAGUGAGUGACAUUAGUGUUUAUUUUUUAUGGUGUUUCUACUGAGAGCAAUUGUUUAACAGAAGCAGGCAAGAUGGUUAUGAUGUUUAGAGUGCAAACAGAAGACAUAUGCCCUUAUAGCAUGGUGUCCUCAUGGUGUGUAUGUGGAUGUGAAUGCUUGUGUGUGCCCAUUUUUGUGACUGAGAUCAUCCAUACAUAUAUACAGUAUACAUAUAAAUAAAUAUAUACAUAUAAAUAAAUAUAUACAUAUAUUUAAAAAUUUGCGUGGAUAACCGCACACACACACACACACACACACACACACACACACACACACACACACACACGUUAUACCUGUAGUCUGUACCAAGAUGAUCUUGAUCUAGAAUAAACAUAACUAGUGUGAUGGCAACAUAAAAAAUAAUGACACAUUGAAGUCAUUUUAGCUUGGCAGUGAGUCUUAUUAUCUCAACAAGUUCAUUGUGUUAGACAUUGUGUAGAUUGAAUAUCAAUUAUCAUCUGCCUCAUAUUUAUAACACAUUAGUCUCCAGGAUUUUGACAAACUAUUUGCAUUAAUGAGUGUUUUUUCCCUUUUUUAUUUAUAUGUAUUUUUUGUGAGAAUGUAAUAGAUGUGUAAUAAAAUUGUGACAUUGUAGGAUAGAAGAGAAGCAAGUUUGAUUAAUGGAAGAUGCAGAGGAGUUGUAUCAGAAACAGCCUUUCUCAUAUUUUGGGGCCAGAGGCUAAAUUUCCUUGCCUUUCAAGUAGUAAUACUACACGAUUCUUCUUUCUUACCACUCAAUUUAUAAAUGCUAAUUUUUAUUUGGAAAUAAAAGGAUAAUAAUUUCUUGGCUUGAUCAUAACAUCUGCUGAAGUUAUGACUUUAGUGAAGACAUACAGUGAUCAUGAAGGUAUUUUGGUGGAACUUUGUGUUAUUAAUGCAGUUAUAUUGAUAUGAAGUUUUAGUUCAUAGUGUUACCCAGAGGAAUUUAAAUUAAUAAAUUCAUUCUUUUGAGGUUCCAUUUGGGUGUUUUUCUUUGUACUGGUCUCCCCCAGGACUCUGGAGGAGAGACAAGUAUUAACUCUUUAUAUUUCUCUCUAUUAGUUGGAAGUUUUUGAGGCUCCCAGGUGCUUUAUUUAACAGUUCAAUGAGUGAUUUAUAUUUUUGAGCAAGUUAAGGUGGUGGAUAUUUUUACUUUCAUAAUGCAUUGUUUUUUUUUGUUUUUUCCCAUUAUUUUGUCACUUUAAGUUAAUGGAUGAGAAGUGUGAGUGUGUGUAGUUUUUGGGUGAUGUUUCAAUAAUCUCAAAUGUAAUGACAUGAAAGAAUAGUGUGAUACUCGUUUUAUUAUAUAUAUUGGUGACUGUCUGUCUGAUUUAAAUUAUCAUUUUCAUUACAGAAAUUCAGUGUCUAAAAUCUCCCUUCCAAACCAUGACAAUUUUGGCUGAAAUUCAAUCUUUAUUGAGGAGUUGUUGCUAACUACUUAUAAUUAUGUAAUCAAACAUUGAUAUGAGUGUUUUUUACUUUUAUUAAUUAUAUGUACAGUUCAGUAUAAGGGAACAUCAAUCUUUGUAAACAAACUCAAGGAAGAGUACUAUUGAAAGUUUCUUCUUUUAUUGAGUAAAAGGAAAAUAAAUUUACCAAAAAAUUUCACAAAUUUUCACUUCAAUCUUUCAUCAAAGGAUUUAGUUUUUUUGCAGGACAUAUUAUUAACAGGCUAACUUAUAAGCUGUCAGAUUUGUUACUUGACAACAUUUUGUGGUUAAAUCAUCAGAUGGGUGCCAAAAGCUCUAUGACAUAAAAGACUGCCCACUCACAACACCUUCACCUUGGCCAGGCUGAUCGUUUGUGUCAUAAGGUUCUUGAAUUGGUCAUUCCAUCAUGUAGACCUGGCCUUUGUCAUGUCAUGGCUCCAGAUAUGGCCAGUCAGUCCAUCAUGUCACAGCCCAUGAGCUCAUUGGUCCAUGGCAAGGCCCCCCAGAGCUGCAGCAUUGACCAUUUUAUCAUGUCAAGGCCCCUGAACUAGUCAGUCCUUGGCAAGGCUCCAGAGCUGGCCAGUUAUCAUGUCAAGGCCCAGAGCUGGCCAGUUCAUAAUGUCAAGGCCCCAGAACUGGUCAGUCCAUGGCAAUGCCCCAGAGCUGGCCACUUAUCAUGUCAAGGCCCUAGAACUGGUCAUUCCAUGGCAAAGCCUUCAGAACUGGCCAGUUAUCCUGUCGAGGCCUGCAGAGCUGGCCAAUUAUGGUGUCUAGGCCUGAAGAGCUGGCCACUUAUUGUGUCUAGGCCUGAAGAGCUGGCAACUUAUUGUGUCAAGGCCUGCAGAGCUAGCCACAUAUUGUGUCAAGGCCUGCAGAGCUAGCCACAUAUUGUGUCAAGGCCUUCAGAGCUGGCCAGUUCAUCAUGUCCAUGUACCAAACUAAGCUAACUCUCGUAGCCUUGGGAUUACUUUAGUGUGAGGCAGGAUGGUCUCUUGGCUUUAAAAUAAAUUACAAUGUUGAGUGGGCGCAGCAGUGCCUACCUGAAGGUGAUACCCUCGUCACUGGUCGGGUAUCUCGGAUUUGAACACUUGUUGAUCAUAAUCCUCUUUAUUCGUUGUAAGGAAGUGCAUUAAUAGAAUUUUUAAUUGCAAGAUAGUUUUCUUGAUUGUUAGUCUCUGUGCUGGAUGUGUUCUUCUUGCUAAUUUGUAGCAAUCAGUCAUCUCAAAACUAUAAAAUUUGGUGGCGGUGGUACAGUAAUAACACUCUUAUCUCUCACUACUGUGUCCUGGGUUCAGUUUCUGGUCUGGGACUGAUAAGAGAAGGGUGUUAUCCAGUGUAGCCCAGCCAAACAUGGCAGGUUUCCUCUUGUCUUAACACUGGACAAUAAAGGUUAAUAAAGGUUAUACAGAACAGACCACACACCCAAAUGGUUAGCAAGCUGAUAGUGGUGAAGUGAAUUGUAGAUAUGAGGUUAUAUCUCAUAUACAGUAUAACAUUAUCCAUUUCAGACUCAUAUUAUAUAUCUAUGUCAAAUACAGUGAAUUUCAAAGUAAUAUUUUCCUAGUAAAAUUUUUCUUAAUGAUCUGACUACUGUGUUUAGUUCUUAAUGAAAAUCUUUGGUACAAUACAAGGUGUCUCAGAAAAAAAUGUAUGCAUACUCUACCUUACAGAUGUUCAUGGAGGUCACGUGAAAGCUUGUACAUACAGUAUUACAACAGUAAAAUUGUCCUCACUAGUUGAUGUGUGAGGUCUCCCACAAGUGAGGACAAUGUUGCUGAUGCAAUGCAGACAUUCACUUGAUCUCUUAAGAACAUCAGUAAGGCAGUGUGUAUACAUUAAUUGUGAGACAUCCAGUAUUAUUAAAUAUUUUUGGUUUGUAAACGUAUCUGACAACUUAAUAUAUAUGUGUAUAUUAGUAUUGAAAGUUUUGAGAAGAAAUAUUUAAAAGUUCAGUAUAAUGUGUACCUUUUUCACUGCAGAAUAUAUUUGUAAAACUCUUAUAACAAUUCCAGCUGAUGUUGCAAUUAGUUGUAAAUAUUGUAAGAUGAACCAUUUCACAAAAUUUAAGACGUAAAGCCAUAAAUCAAGAUUGAUGCUGGAAAAACCAUUCUCAACAUGAGAUUUGGCUACAUGAUGUUGUAAGACUCUACUUGGAAUUGUACACAAGGAAGGGGACAAUGUCUCAGGAGUUAUUUUACAGUAUCAAGUGGUUAAUAUACUGAACCAGUAGGCUCCUGGACAUGCAGUAAUUCUUCGCAGAUGUGUCAACUUUAUUCAUCGUUAAGCUGAGUAGGAAAGAUUGUGUCGUAAACAAUGUGUAAAACAUUGUUUGGAAGCCUAAAAUAUUCAUGGCUUUUGACUGCAAUUAAUAAGAAAAUAUAACUUGACUCGCAAACGAAUUUCACAACCAUUUAUCUUAUGAGAAAAUGUGCAAAACACAGUAUUAGAAGCUUAUUUACAACUUGUUUUUUCUUAUAGAAUAAGAAAAAAAUCAGAUUAGUAUGAGUAAAUUUAUGAAUACAGUAAUUUUUUUAAUAUGUAGGUGACACUCAUCCACAAAAACUCCAGCCUUAGAGAGGUAACUUAAGUGUUGUUUUCCCUCAUUUUAGUCAGGGAAAAUAAUCCUUAAUGACACCUUACAUUAACUCUUGGAAUUGCCUCUCUAUCUUAGUCUUGAAAUGCUAGAUGUACUUUUGUUAGUGGGAAUUGAGAGCAUGUGGAGGUAAGGGAAUGCUGUUGAAUGUGGACAAAAUAUUUUUGACUCAAAGCAGAGGGUCUCUUGAUGAGAUGGUGAUGAGCAGCAUUUUCUUACUCUUGACUGCCUGUUGUUGCUUCCUGUUUGUGGAACCAGUGUGUGAAAUGUUCAUUCCAUCAUUUGAAUAAGAAUUUUUAUAGCAA